UAUUGUAGAAAUCACCCCACUGGUUCAUUCGUGCAUCUUUUUAUAACCCCCAAAAUUAUAUAUAAUAAAAUAAAUAAAAAUGUAAAUCACAGCUCAAAUAAGCUACCAAUUCAGCUAAAAUGUGGCCGUGAAUACAAAGAUGAUGAAUGAAAAUCAUCCCUAGCCACUCAGAAGCUGCUGCAUCCACACAAAUCUUCAAUCGACUUUGAUUGCAAGACGAAACGGAGGGUUAUUCUCAGAUUGAUGGUUCUUUGAUUGUCUUUCUUAGCGUCGUCUCAUCAUGUUGGAGGCUCCGAGUUAUCUGGUCUCAAGGGACUUACCCUCUUCAUGCGAGGAAGAGAGCAAAUGGAUAUACAACGCACACUGCGUGCUUCAGCUCUCCUUUAAGAAGCGUUUGUUGGAUGAUACAGAAGGAAGUUACAGGAGCAAAAUGCUACGCGUUGAUGAAACCUAUCAGAGGUCUAACCAAAGUCAGCAAGGUGGUGGUGAUCAACAGAUUCCACCAGUAACUACGCUUGACCAAAACGCUCUGCUCAACUGCCUAGCACACUGCUCCUUAUCCGACUUCCGCUCCAUCGCCUCAACGAACAGAACCUUCCGCUCGCUCAUCAAGAACAGCGAGAUCUACAGGCUGAGACGAGCAAAGGGCAUUGUUGAGCAUUGGAUAUACUUCUCAUGCGUGCUCUUGGAAUGGGAAGCUUAUGAUCCAAACGGAGACAGAUGGCUGCGUGUGCCCAAAAUGACAGUCAACGAAUGUUUCAAGAGCUCAGACAAAGAAUCUCUUGCUGUCGGCACAGAGCUUCUUGUCUUCGGUAAAGAGAUCUUGUCCCAUGUGAUUUACAAGUACAGCAUCUUGACCAAUACGUGGACGUCAGGUAUGCAAAUGAAUGCUCCUAGGUGCUUGUUUGGAUCAGCGAGUCUAGGUGAGAUCGCUGUUGUAGCUGGAGGAUGCGGCCCUCGUGGGCAGAUACUGAACUCUGCUGAGGUUUAUAACUCGGAGACUGGGGAAUGGACCGUGAUUCCAAGCAUGAACAAGGCGAGGAAGAUGUGCUCGAGUGUGUUCAUGGAUGGGAACUUUUAUGUUCUUGGAGGUAUCGGAGAGGGGAACACAAAGAUGCUUAUGUGUGGUGAGGUCUAUGAUCUGAAGAAGAGGACAUGGACAGUGAUACCUAACAUGUUACAGGGAAGCAACGGGGGAGGAGGCGGAGGAGAUUCCUCUGCAGCUGCGGUGUCAGGGGCGCCACCGCUUCUGGCGGUUGUGAAGGACGAGCUUUAUGCAGCCAACUAUGCGCAGCAAGAGGUGAGGAAGUAUGAUAAAAGGUGUAACGUGUGGAAUAGAGUUGGGAGCUUGCCUGAGAGGGCUUCUUCGAUGAACGGUUGGGGAAUGGCGUUUAGGGCCUGUGGAGAUCAGCUGGUGGUGGUUGGAGGGCCUAGGGCACUUGGUGGAGGGUUCAUAGAGAUCAAUGCUUGUGUCCCAAGGGAAGGUGAGGCGCUGCAUUGGAGAGUUCUUGCUUCAAAGCCAUCAGAAAGCUUUGUGUAUAAUUGUGCUGUUAUGGGAUGUUGAUGAAAACUUGAGAGCCCAUUUCAAAAGUUGUUGACUUCUUUAUUUAGGGGUUCUUACAUGUUAUUUUAAACACUUUUGUUUUGUCUUUCUUCUUUGUUUUUGUGGGGUUAUUGUUGUUAAGGCAUAAUCUUUGAACUGAACAUGUUUCAAUAAAA